GCGUUCCCACCGCCGUACGGCGAGAUGGCGACGCCCGCGCUUCCGCUGCGCCGCGCUUGGCUACCUCGGCUUCCCGUCGCUGUGUCGCGCAGUAGUCCGUCGGAGCGACAGCACGGUCAGUCGGCGGCCGGACAGGGAAGAUGGACGCAGCCACUUUGACAUAUGAUACUCUCCGGUUUGCUGAAUUUGAAGAUUUCCCCGAGACCUCAGAGCCUGUUUGGAUUCUGGGCAGAAAAUACAGCAUUUUCACAGAGAAGGACGAAAUCUUGUCUGAUGUUGCAUCCAGACUUUGGUUUACAUACAGGAGAAACUUUCCAGCCAUUGGGGGAACUGGCCCUACUUCAGACACAGGCUGGGGUUGUAUGCUUCGGUGUGGACAGAUGAUCUUUGCCCAGGCCCUGGUAUGCCGGCACUUAGGACGAGACUGGAGAUGGACUCAGCGGAAGAGACAGCCUGACAGCUACUUGAAUGUCCUCAAUGCUUUCCUGGACAGGAAGGACAGCUACUAUUCCAUCCACCAGAUAGCGCAAAUGGGAGUUGGCGAAGGCAAGUCUAUAGGCCAGUGGUACGGGCCGAACACUGUUGCCCAGGUCCUCAAGAAACUUGCUGUAUUCGACACAUGGAGCUCCUUGGCUGUUCACAUAGCAAUGGACAACACUGUGGUGAUGGAGGAGAUCAGAAGGUUAUGCAGGACCAGCCUUCCCUGUGCUGGGGCUGCCGCACUUCCUACUGAUUCAGAGAGGCACUGUAAUGGGUUCCCUGCUGGAGCUGAAGUCACCAACAGGACAUCGGCUUGGAGACCACUAGUACUUCUCAUCCCUCUCCGCCUGGGACUGACAGACAUCAAUGAGGCCUAUGUGGAAACCCUGAAGCACUGUUUCAUGAUGCCCCAGUCCCUGGGUGUUAUUGGAGGGAAGCCCAACAGUGCCCACUACUUUAUUGGCUACGUCGGUGAGGAGCUCAUCUAUCUGGACCCCCAUACUACACAGCCUGCAGUGGAGCUGACGGACAGCUGCUUUAUCCCCGACGAGAGCUUCCACUGCCAACACCCGCCCUGUAGGAUGGGCAUUGGAGAGCUUGACCCAUCCAUUGCCGUGGGAUUUUUCUGUAAGACCGAGGAAGACUUUAACGACUGGUGUCAGCAAGUCAAAAAGCUAUCCCAGCUUGGAGGUGCCCUUCCCAUGUUUGAGUUGGUGGAACAGCAGCCUUCCCAUCUGGCCUGCCAGGAUGUCCUGAACCUGUCCCUAGAUUCUUCAGAUGUAGAGAGACUGGAGAGGUUCUUUGACUCUGAGGAUGAAGACUUUGAAAUCUUAUCCCUCUGAAAAUCCUGGGGUUGGGUGAUGCCUCCAUGGUCCUCGUUGGGGUGCUUUGAGAACCCAGACCUGCCUUGGGCACUCAGUGUCACCGCAUUCCAUCCACCCAGCCCACCCCUGCCGAGUGCUGUUCGCCUGUGCCACCUCUGUCCCAAGGGCCUGCUCUGCUCAUGGACCAAGGACUGUGGUUCCUGGAGGCCUUACUGCUUGGAGUCAGACUGCCUAAACCCAAACACACAAAGGGUCUGUUCACACUAAGUUGCUCAUCAGAAGGCCUAGUCAGGAAGAGCAGUGGGUCAGGAGCUUCCAGAAUUUUCCACUUGACACUGCCAGCCCUGGUCAGCACAUCAGCUUUGGUUCUGCUUCCUCCUGGGCAUCUGGGUCUGUGGUUUAUUUGGAAUUAAAGCCCUGUUUGAAGUUGUUUAACAAAGACAUGAAUUUCUGGGGCACUUCCCAGGUCAGUCUUAGAAGAUCUGCAGGUUGGCGUGUACAGAGUGACAGCCACAUCAUGGCCUCAUACUGCUGGGCAGGGUGAGCUUUUGUGUUGUCUCCUCUGCCCAGUGUGAUUUAUCAAGGGCUACCUCAGUGGGAAAGCAUAUGGAGAGAAUCCCAGCAAGGCUGCUACUUGCUUUGGAGAGAAAGUAUUCUUGUGGAGCACUUGGAAAAUCCAAAGAUACCAGUGUGCACGGGCACAGUAUGGACACCUGAACCUUGGAGCAGCUGACAGGUUCCUAGAGCUUGUGGAGCUGUGGUCUUGAGGCUCCCCUUAGGAGCACACUAGGGAAGAGAGAGGUUUCCUAGAUGGGUUGAUGCGUUUCGUGACACCGCCUGCUGCUGUUAGCUUGCCACCCGGCUUCCCUCUAGGAGGACAGGGAGGGAGCAGAACUGUUCUUUGCUUGUGACUCAGUGCCCACUGGUAAUAGUGUACACACUGCUACUUGAGCCCUCCUCCAUGUUCUUUCCCUUCUCAGAAACCCACCCGUGUCACAGGAAACUGUAGAUGGUUUGGGGCCAAAAGGGUAAAAGUACUACAGCUUUUUGGUGCAUAAUAGACAUUUAGACAGAGCAGGUAGCUCCAGGCCCUCGCAAGUGAAGAACUCAGACCUUCUUGACACUCAUUUCCAACCCUGGCUUUCUGGGCCUUCAAGCUUUUGAUGCUCUAGGUCUGCUGUCUUAGAAAAACACCUUUCCUCCCCCUAGAUUUGACCAGGGUGUGGCAGUGUGGGGAGGCCCAUGCAAGAGCCUUUGAAAACCCUUCCCAGGAACCUGUAGAUGGGUGAGGCUGGGGCUGCUCCAGAGAUAGCAGCUCUUAAGUAGCCCACAAGGUAUCGAGAGAUGCCUGCUUAUCAAGUGUUGAUGACAUAUUUAUUUCAUCUUACUCUUUCUCUCUCCCACAUCUUGUCCCUUGAUUUCAGAUGGGGUGGGACAGGGGGGAGGCCAGGACAGUUUCCAGUCCUUUGGAGCUUAUUUCCUGAGUCCAGGAGCCAUUGUGCUGCUGUCACCCAGGGUCUCCUGCUGUUGGUAGCAAGUGUGGACAUAUGGGACACUCCAACCUGAGGGAACUCUCAGGGCUCGAGAAAGGCUUCCUGAGUGAGGUUCAUAUAGUGUAGUUUGCAAUUCUUAAUGUUAAAUAAUAAGUUUCAGUAGAAAACAAAG